AUGAACUCUAACCAUGUCUUUUCCUCUCUGUGUUGGUCUGGUUCUGUUCAUGAUGGGUCGGCCGUCUGCUUCAGCAGGAAACAACCUAAGGUGUUCGCUUUUGACCACUGUUUCUGGUCCAUGGACGAAUCCAACGUUCCCAAGUAUGCCGGUCAAGAGGUUGUGUUCAAGUGCCUUGGAGAGGGAAUCCUCGAAAAUGCAUUCCAGGGAUACAAUGCCUGCAUAUUUGCCUACGGACAAACAGGUUCAGGGAAGUCCUUUUCCAUGAUGGGGAACGGAGAGCAGCCGGGUCUAAUCCCUCGACUGUGCUGCUCCCUGUUUGAGAGGGUCCACGCUGAGGAGAACGAGGCUCACACUUUCAAGGUGGAAGUCUCCUACAUGGAGAUCUAUAACGAGAAGGUCCGGGACCUGCUGGAUCCCAAAGGGAGCCGGCAGUCCUUGAAGGUCCGUGAACACAAAGUCCUGGGUCCGUAUGUGGACGGUCUGUCUCAGCUGGCUGUAACAAACUUCGAGGACAUCGAGGUGCUGAUGUCGGAGGGGAACAAAUCUCGCACGGUUGCAGCCACCAACAUGAACGAGGAGAGCAGUCGAUCACACGCCGUCUUCAGCAUCAUCGUCACUCAAACGCUCUACGACCUGCAGUCUGGAAAUUCAGGGGAAAAAGUGAGCAAGAUGAGCCUGGUGGACCUGGCAGGAAGUGAGCGUGUCUCCAAGACCGGAGCCGCUGGAGAGCGACUCAAAGAAGGCAGCAACAUAAACAAGUCCCUGACCACGUUAGGAUGUGUGAUUUCUGCCCUGGCUGAUCAGUCUGCAGGGAAGGGGAAGGCCAAGUUUGUGCCUUACAGAGACUCGGUCCUCACCUGGCUGCUGAAGGACAACCUCGGCGGGAACAGUAAGACGGCCAUGAUAGCCACGGUGAGUCCAGCCGCAGAUAACUACGAGGAAACUCUUUCCACGCUGCGCUACGCCGACAGGGCCAAGAGGAUCGUCAACCACGCCGUGGUGAACGAAGACCCCAAUGCUCGCAUCAUCCGAGAGCUCCGAGAGGAGGUGGAGAAGCUCAAGGUCCAGCUCUCUCAGGCCGAGUCCAUGAAAGCUCCGGAGCUGAAGGAGAAGCUGCAGGAGUCAGAGAAGCUCAUUCAGGAGAUGACCGUCACCUGGGAGGAGAAGCUGAGGAAGACAGAAGAGAUUGCUGCUGAGCGACAGAAGCAGCUGGAGAGCAUGGGCAUCUCUUUGGAAACGUCCGGGAUCAAAGUGGGUGAAGACAAGUGCUUCCUGGUCAAUCUGAACGCUGAUCCCGCCUUAAACGAGCUGCUAGUUUACUACCUGAAGGAGCACACGCGUGUGGGGGCAGACACGUCUCAGGACGUCCAGCUCUUUGGGAUCGGGAUCCAGCCGAAACACUGCGUCCUGGAGCUCUGCCCGGACGGUGACGUCACCUUGAUGCCACUGGGGAAUGCCAGAACCUGCGUGAACGGCACAGUGGUCGACACCUUGGUGCACUUGUGGCACGGAGACCGGAUACUAUGGGGGAACAAUCACUUCUUCAGGAUAAACCUCCCUCAACGAAAGCGGCGGGACCGUUUGAAGGAGCUGGAGCGAGCCUCGCCCAGGGAGAGCUUUGUCGAGGCGGACGUGGAAACAGCCAGCGAGGCCUCCUCUGAGCCGGACUACAGCUAUGAGUUUGCCCAGAUGGAGGUCAUCAUGAAGACUCUGGGAAACAACGACCCCAUGCAGAAUGUGGUCCAGGUCUUGGAGAAGCAAUACCUGGAGGAAAAGCGGACGGCUCUGGAGGAGCAGAGGUUGAUGUACGAGCGAGAGCUGGAGUCGCUACGGCAACAGCUAUCGCCUGAUAAAACGUCACCAUUCCACCGAAGCAGCAGCGAGCGCCUUACGUACCCAACACACACGCCCCACAGCAAACUGCACCUGUGGACCGAGGAGCGGGAUGAGCUGUUUCGUCAGAGGCUGUCUCGGCUCAGGGAGCAGGUCGUCAGAGCCAACACUUUGGUGCGAGAGGCCAACUUUUUGGCCGAGGAGAUGAACAAACUCACCGACUAUCAGGUCACCCUUCAGAUUCCUGCUGCCAACCUCAGUGCCAACCGCAAGCGUGGAGCCAUAGUGAGCGAGCCAGCCAUUCAGGUACGGAGGAGAAAGAAGGGGCCUCAGGUGUGGACCAUUGAGAAGCUGGAGAACAAACUGGUGGACAUGAGGGACCACUACAGAGACUGGAAAGAAGGCAGAGAAGAAUCGUGGAAUAAAGCGAACCACAAACACUGCGAUCCGUUCUAUGAGGCGCACGAGAACCACAACCUGAUCGGGGUGGCCAAUAUCUUUCUCGAGAGCCUUUUCCAUGAUGUGAAGCUGCAAUAUGCCGUGCCCAUCAUCAGCCAGCAGGGAGAGGUGGCCGGCAGGUUGCAUGUUGAGCUGCAGCGAGUCAGUGGAGCCGUUCCUGAGCGUCUUUCCUGGGCGGACGACUCGUCAGAGAAUUCCAGUGAAUGUAGCUGCUACGAGGUCAUGGACACCAACGGAGAGAUCGUCCACAUGGACAAAAGGCUCAGCUGCAGGGUGAAGAUCAAAGAGGCCACGGGGCUGCCGCUCAACCUGUCCAACUUUGUCUUCUGUCAGUACACCUUCUGGGAGCACAGCGAGCCCACCGUGGCUCCUCCUAUGGUCAGCCCUGACAGGCCUUCCUCUCGAAGCUCAGACGCUCACUUCACUGUCCAGUUUGAUCACUGCAAGGACUUUGUUGUGCAUGUGACAGAUGAGUUUUUGGAGUUCAUCUCAGAUGGAGCUUUGGCCAUAGAAGUGUGGGGUCAUCGCUGUGCUGGCAACGGACACGAGCUCUGGGAGCUGGAUGCCCUGGAGGCAAAGACCCAGACUCUCCGGGACAGAUGGAGCGAAGUGUCUCGCAGGAUCGAGCUGUGGGUCUCCAUCCAGGAGCUGAAUGAGCAGGGAGAGUACACGUCUGUGGAGCUGCAGCCUGUAAAAGACAUCAGCACCGGAGGCGUCUUCCAACUCCGACAGGGUCAUUCCAGAAGGCUGCAGGUGUGGGUGAAGCCGGUCCAGAACUCGGGAACGCUACCUCUGCUGGCGGAGGCCGUUCUCUCCGUGUCCAUCGGCUGCGUGUCGGCUCGCUCCGCCAAACUGCAGAGGCCACUGGACAGCUACCAGAAAGAGGCAGAAGAUGACAUGGAUAGUUAUCAGGAAGAGGAUCUGAACUGCCUCAGGGAGCGCUGGUCGGACGCUCUGAUCAAACGCCGGGAGUACCUCGACGAGCAAAUCAAGAAAAUCAUCAACAAACACGAAAAGUCAGAGGAGGACAUUGAGCGUGAAGCUCGGCUGGUGGAGCAGUGGGUCGGCCUGACCGAGGAGAGAAACGCGGUACUGGUGCCGGCGCCAAGCAGCGGCAUCCCCGGAGCUCCUGCAGACUGGACUCCACCUGCAGGGAUGGAAGCUCACAUUCCCGUCCUCUUCUUGGACUUAAACGCCGAUAAUCUGACGGUGAACGAGCAGCUGACCGGACCCCACACCGCAGGGAUGAACUCCAUCCUGCCCAAAGAGCACGGCAGUCAGUUCUUCUACCUGCCAAUCAUCAGACACAGCGAAGAGGAGGUGUUAGCCGUGUGCUCCUGGGACUCGUCCAUUCACGAUUCUGUGUAUCUGAACCGGGUCACGUCGGCGAACGAACGGAUCUACCUGAUUAUUAAAGCCACGGUGCAGCUCAGCCACCCUGCCUCCAUGGAGCUGGUGCUCCGCAAGAGGAUCGCCGUCAACAUCUACAACAAACAGAGUUUCACUCAGAGCCUCAAGAGGAGGAUGUCCUUGAAGAACACGCUUUACUCCUGCGCAGUGAUUUACGAGAUCGUUUCCAACAUACCAAAGGCCUCCGAGGAGCCGGAGGAGAGGGAAACCUUGGCCCUCAUGGCGGCUCGCGGGGACAGCGAGGAGACUCAGGAUGGAGAGACCUACAUAGAGAAGUACACCCGAGGAGUUCUGGAGGUGGAGAACAUCCUGAGUCUGGAGAGGCUGCGACAGGCUGUGACCGUGAAGGAAGCUCUCGCUGCUAGGGGGAAACAUUUGAGAAGGAGUGUCAGCACACCAAACGUCCAGCAGUCGUCGUGUAGCAGAUCAGACCUGACGGAGGAUGAAGAGAGCAGGACGCAUCAGGACCCCUGUGACCAUGUGGACUUUACCUGCCCCUCCCAGGAUGGCCCCCUGUGCACCACGCCCAUCAAAAACAAGGAGCAUCCAGGCUCGGUUCCAGAGAGCCCAAACUUUUUCAUCGCCAGUCCUUUCAAAGUCCUCUCCCCGCAGCCACCGAAAUUCCUCAAGUCGUUGCUUCCUGUCAAAGAGGAGAACAAGGUGAAGAAAGUCCUGGAGGCCCGGCCGCUGCUGGGACAAGAGCGCGACUCUGAAGACGAGGAGACCGACGUUAACAAGACUCUGGACCCAAACAGGGGGCCUCAGGACCGAAGCAGCUUCCAGACUUACAUCGCCGAGGACUUUGCGAACUUUGACAUCUACAACGCCGCUCUGGAGAAUCGGGACGAGUUUCGUUCGGACCUGAGGGGAAGCCGGUGCGGAGGCGGGAGCCGAGAAAGAGAGGUGUCCCGAAGCCCGACGGCCAGCAGCUGCACCAGCGGCUACUUUUCCCACAGUGCCUCAAACGCCACGCUGUCCGACAUCCCUUUCAGCGCCAGUGAGAGCUCCGAGCACCUGAGCUGUACCUCCAGAGAGUCCAGCGACCCUCUCAGCAGUCCCGCUGGAAGGGGCUGCACCCAGACCAAAAACGAUUGGACAGACGCACAGCAGCCACCUCCUUCAGCUCAUAGCCACCUCCUCCACUCCUCACCUGUCAGUAUUCCUCAUUGCACAGAGGAGCAGCGCUCAUCUCCUCACAGUUGUAUUCUGAGCACCAGCCAGGAGUUUACUGACUUUAAAGGUGCUGAUGACAGUAUAGAAGAGGGCGAUUUAGCACGUUUUUCUGAAGGAUGGGGACAGGAAGAGCUGAAAGUCUCCACAAACCACCAGAAGGAUCAGCAAAACGUAGACUCGUGUGACACAGACAGUCGGCGCUCUUCUAAUGUUUCUAAUAAGACGUGUCCUGAUUAUGAACAUCCUGCUGGUGUAUCUGUGUCCAACGCUAACACAACCCCACCUCGCACAUCAAUCAAAGCUCCACUCUCUGCACCUGACGCCUCCGCCCUCACAAGCCCCCCCGUCUCAGUCCUACCUGCAGCUUCACCCUCUCCGGUCAGACUUUUACCAACAGUUCCAGCUCAGAGAGCGGGAGGAGAACCUCCAAUCCAGGAGCCGGCUCAGGGAGACCUGCCCCAUGGGAGUCCCUGCCCAAGUCCCAACCCCAGCAGUGCCGAGCCCUCUGGGGACUCCAGUGGGGAUGAAAGCACCCCUGUAGCUCAGCUUCCUGACUGGAUGGCACCUGGGGAACAGGUGUGGGUGGGGAAGAGGAGAGGGACGGUGUACUACGUGGGAGGAGUGGAGUUUGCGAAGGGGAUUUGGGUUGGUGUGAAGCUGGAUAUAGCAGUGGGUAAGCACAACGGGACCGUCCAGGGCAGAGUGUACUUCCGCUGCCCCCCAGGCCACGGUGUGUUUGUGAAGCCCUCCCGGCUCAGCAGAGGACCACCGUCGAUGGACACAGAACUUCAGACUGUCAUCAGAUAG